CUUCUCAUUGGUUGAUUCAAACCCUCAGAAUCCCCACCAUAAUUUCCCCCCCCUCCAUUUUCAGCCACCCAUCUGUGCAUAAUAUUGCACACAGCAGCUUCCCUUUCUACACACUUCCAAGCUGCAACACAAAUCUUAUUAACUUAUCAGAAGACAAAGUCAACUGAAUUUCCUGAAAAGCUUGAAAGUCAUGGCAUCUACACUAAUGGCAGCAACUGCUAGCUCCAGCACUCUUCUUAGACCAACCCCAUUUCUUGGCCAAACCAGAGGGCCAAGUUUCAACACUCUUAGAGAUGUUGCCCCAAUGGGAACUGGGAAAUACACCAUGGGAAAUGAGUUGUGGUAUGGGCCAGACAGAGUGAAGUAUUUGGGACCCUUUUCUGCUCAGACUCCUUCGUACCUCACCGGAGAAUUUCCCGGUGAUUACGGAUGGGACACUGCAGGGUUAUCAGCUGACCCAGAGGCCUUUGCUAAGAACAGGGCUCUUGAGGUGAUCCACGGCCGGUGGGCUAUGCUUGGAGCACUAGGCUGCAUCACCCCCGAGGUGCUUGAAAAAUGGGUUAGAGUGGACUUCAAAGAGCCAGUGUGGUUCAAAGCCGGAGCUCAAAUUUUCUCAGAAGGUGGCCUUGACUAUUUAGGCAACCCCAACCUUGUCCAUGCUCAGAGCAUCCUAGCAGUGCUAGGAUUCCAAGUCAUUCUCAUGGGGCUUGUUGAGGGAUUUCGCAUCAACGGUCUUGACGGCGUAGGAGAGGGCAACAACCUCUACCCUGGAGGGCAAUACUUCGACCCUCUCGGCCUUGCCGAUGACCCUGCCACAUUUGCUGAGCUCAAGGUCAAGGAAAUCAAGAAUGGGAGACUAGCCAUGUUCUCCAUGUUUGGCUUCUUUGUCCAAGCCAUUGUCACUGGGAAGGGUCCUCUUGAGAACCUCUUGGACCACCUUGACAACCCUGUGGCCAACAAUGCAUGGGUCUAUGCCACCAAGUUUGUGCCUGGGUCAUAAAUUAAUCUUCAGUCCUCUAAUUGAUUGAUCUUGUUUGGGAGAAUGUAAUUGAAUGGAUUUUAUGUAGAUGUUUAUAUAGUUGCCGUUUUAAUUUUGGUCACUUUUUAAGAAAUUCACAUUGCGUA